AGAUCAAUGUGUCAUAUUUUCUCAACCCAGGCCACUGGGCAUCCUAGGUCUCCAUCUACCACCCACAGCCAUUUCUAUCCUCCCUCAGGCACCCAUUUCAACACUCCUGACUGUGCAACAGCUGGCCAGUCAGAUAAGAGCAGAGCGCGAUCCGUGGAGUUGGUGUGCAUGGAGCUGACAUCUUCCAGAGCCAGCAUCAUGGUGCAGCUCAUGGCCUGGGCAGGUGUGAUGACUCUGUUGAUGGUCCCCUGUGGCUCUGCUACAAAACUGGUCUGCUACUUCACCAACUGGGCCCAGUACCGACCGGGGUCAGCUCGAUUCUUACCCAAGGAUGUAGACCCCAACCUGUGUACUCAUCUCGUCUAUGCCUUUGCUGGGAUGGACAAUCACCAGCUCAGAUCUAUAGAGUGGAAUGACAAACUCUUCUACCAGGAGCUGAACGGCCUGAAGAAGAUGAAUCCCAAGCUGAAGACUUUGCUGUCCAUCGGGGGCUGGAACUUUGGUACCCAGAAGUUCACAGAUAUGGUGGCCACAGCCAGCAACAGGCAGACCUUUGCCAACUCAGCCAUCACGUUCCUGCGUACUCAUGAUUUCGAUGGCCUUGACCUUGACUGGGAGUACCCAGGGAGCCGCGGGAGCCCAGCAGUAGACAAAGAGAGAUUCACAGCCUUGCUGCAAGACUUGGCCACAGCCUUCCAGAAGGAAGCCCAGAGCUCAGGGAAGGAACAACUUCUUCUGACCGCAGCUGUCCCAGCUGGGCAAGACCACGUGGAUGCUGGCUAUGAGGUGGACAAGAUUGCUCUGAGCUUGGAUUUCAUCAACCUUAUGGCCUAUGACUUCCACGGCUCCUGGGAAAAGACCACAGGACACAACAGCCCCCUCUACAAGAGGCAAGAAGAGAGUGAGGCAGCCUCAAGGCUCAGUGUGGAUGCUGCUGUGCGGCUCUGGCUGCAGAAGGGGAUGCCUGCCAGCAAACUGAUCCUUGGCAUGCCCACCUAUGGGCGCUCCUUCACCUUGGCCUCCUCAUCAGACCACACAGUUGGGGCCCCGGCCACGGGACCUGGUGCUCCAGGCCCCUAUACUAGGGAAGGAGGGAUACUGGCUUACUUCGAGGUCUGCUCCUGGAAGGGAGAGCACAGAAUCAAGGACCAGAAGGUGCCCUACGCCUUCCAGGACAACCAAUGGGUGGGGUUUGAUGACACGGAAAGCUUCAGGGCUAAGGUCAACUAUCUGAAGCAGAAGGGUCUGGGAGGGGCCAUGGUCUGGGCCCUGGACUUGGAUGACUUCACGGGCUCCUUCUGUAACCAGAGCCAGUACCCUCUCAUCCGGACACUUCAGCAGGAGCUGAGUCUUCCGUCCCUGCCUUCAGGAAGCCCAGAAGAGGAAGUACCUGGGCCGCACCAGCCUCCUGAGCCAGAGCAGGGACCCAGCCCAGGGCUAGGCACCUUCUGCCAGGGCAAAGCUGAUGGGCUCUACCCCAACCCUAGAGACAAAUUCAGUUUCCUCGGCUGUGCAGGGGGGCGGCUGUUCCAGCAGAGCUGUCCCCCAAACUUGGUGUUUAGUGACUCUUGCAAGUGCUGUACCUGGAGCUGAGCCCCCGGGGCCCCGUUCAUCCCAGCCCGAGGCCAUGCCUGGGAUCCCCCAACAGCCUGCCUCUGUGUUCCCUGGGGGCUGCAGGCUUCUCUGUUCUUUCAAUGGCUCAGCUCCUUGGCUUCCGUUGGCACUCCGGGGCUUACCCCUUUACCUGCAAAAUACAUUUUUAGUUUUCGCUCCUGAUGGAGUAACUCAAAGAGUUUGCUAAAGCAUGCUGUUGACUCAGAAACU